AUGCUGGCGAAGCGGACUACGCCGAAAAGAGCAGCAGCAGUGACGCCGGUGAAAGGGCGCAUCACAUCGUUCUUCACGCGCCAAGCUGCUGCCGCGAGUCCUUUCCAGAAAGCAUCCCCCUCAACCGCGACCCCGACAGCGGUCGUCGCAAAAGCAUCUGCGGCAGUAGCAUCCCCGUCGAGAUCGGCGAGGUCAUCUCCUGCCAAGCCCAGCAAGCCUGUUCAGACCCUCGCUCUCUCCUCCGAUUCGAAUUCGCAGUCGGAUUCAGAAUCAGACAAUGGACUCUUUCGGGGUAGAGGGCGACGUCGCAAGGCUGCCGCCGAUAGCGAUGAGGAUUUUCAACCAGAUAGGCAUGCUGAAGUAGAUGACGAUGAUGAUGACGACGAUCUUUCCGCGGCCGAGGGCAUGGAGGCAGCGGGCGAUGGGGACAGCGACUUUUCCGACAACAUAAACGUCAGCGAGGGGCGAUCAGCAACGCCGUCGACCAGUGUUCCAGAGACACCAGCAGACCUCGAUACGGCCCAGAAUGGCUACUUUUUCGGCUCUGAUCCCUUCGUCAUGAUCGGCGAACCGAAGCCUCCCCUCAGGUCCAUCACCAACUUGCCAGAAUCCUCCUCGCAGCGGUCUCUCCGCUCAACAGGUCCGCCAGCGUACGCCCCCAAGAAGCUCUUCUCGCUCUUCGACACCAAGGCCAAGCGCAGUCACGAUGCCGUCGAGGACGAUCAAGACGACUUUCUCGAUGACGAUGACGACGACGAGGAAAAGCCGCGUAAGAAGAGCAUUGCUGCAAAAGGGAGAGCUGGGGCUGCUGUGCCUUCCUUCUCCAGCGGCAAGGGCUGGAAGUCCAAGUUUGCGCUCCAGCAUCCGUUCCGCAAGAUGCCCUUCGUUCCUUCACCCGCAGAGAUUGCCGACAUGCGCGCAAAGAUCAAGGAAAAGGCUGAGAGCAACUCGUAUCCGCCCAUCCACGAUCUGGCAGACAUCUUUGGCGAUAUGAUCGACCGCGCACCGGCCAUCCUCGAGCUCGCAAACACGCUCAAGGACCGUCCGCUUCGCGUGGCCACCAUGUGCUCCGGUACCGAGUCGCCUCUUCUCGCGCUCGAGCUCAUGUGUCGCGCCAUCCACGAAAAGCACGGCAUUCGCAUCAAGAUCGAACACGUCUUCUCCUGCGAGAUCGAACCCUUCAAGCAGGCCUACAUCGAGCGCAACUUCUCCCCUCCCAUCCUCUUCAGAGACGUCACCGAGCUGGGCGGCAAAAAGGCGCACACCGCCUAUGGUGCACUGGUCGACGUGCCUGGCGACGUUGACAUCCUCAUUGCAGGCACAUCCUGCGUCGACUAUUCGCACCUCAACAACAGCAAGAAGGGACUCAACGACGGAGGGGAGAGUGGUCGUACAUUCCGUGGCAUGCUCGAAUGGGUGAUGCGCCACCGGCCCACCCUGGUCAUCCUCGAGAACGUCAAGAACGCACCCUGGGUCGGUGUCGCCGAGACCAUCGUCGCCGAAGCUGGAUACGACGUCGGCUUCAGCAACACUUUCGACACCAAGAACUUCUACAUCCCCCACACCCGACAGCGAGGCUAUCUGCUGGCGUGCCGCAACAACAAGAACUCGCUGCCGCAGAACUGGGAGCUCAUCACCAACGCACUCAUGCGACCGGCAUCCAGUCCGCUCGACGCGUUCCUCCUGCCUACCGACGAUCCGCGGAUUCAGCGUGUACGUCGUCAGUUCGCACACGGAGAAGGUCUCAGCAAGGGCAGGUCGACCAUCGAUUGGAGCAAAUGUCAGAGCCGUCACGAGCGUGCGCGCGAUGAAGAGGAGCUCGGCAAGACACGUCCGCUCACCGCGUGGGAAGAGGGAGGAACCUGCAAAAUGUCACACGACGGCUGGAACGAAUGGGCUGUCCGUCAACCGGAGCGCGUCACGGAUCUGCUCGACAUCACCACACUGCGCUUCGCGGCUGUGGGUCAGGAUCCGAUCUACAAGUCCAAGAUUUGGGAGCUGUCGCAGAACGUCGACCGCAACGUCGCUGCGUCUCGACCGGGAAUCGCUCCGUGCCUCACGCCCUCGGGCAUCCCCUUCCUCACGUCGCGCGGUGGUCCGCUGAUUGGCUUGGAAGCGCUCUCACUACAAGGCUUGCCGCUCGACGAGCUGCUACUCACCAGAGAGACGGAUGAUCAGCUGCAGGAUCUGGCAGGUAAUGCGAUGAGUUCCACCGUGGUCGGUGCAUGUGUGCUCGCUGCCUUGCUUGUCGGCAUGGACGAUUUGCGCGAGGACGGCGCCAAGAGGAAGGCGGCAAAGACGUCCAGCGACCAAGAUAGGAAGGAAGAGCAGAAGGCCGCCAGCGAUGUGGUCGAGAAGGUCGUGGAUCAAGACACGAGUACCAUCGCACACGACGAGCUUCUGGCGUCGCAGCAGCUCGAUCUCACUUCCAGCGAGACCGUCUCGAUGCCCGAGCUCCUCAGCGCAGCGGUCAACAGCGCCCAAUUGUGCAGCUGUGAGGGCCGCAGCCGCGUUGUUGAUGUCCCCGUCCAUCGGUGCGCCGAGUGCGACCACACAGCCUGCGAGACGUGCAAAGGACGACCUGUUCACAAAUUUGUCCCCGAUACCUUGGCGCGAUGCUCCCCGGACGAAUUCGCACCUUUGCUGAAAGCAGCUCUGCCGAUGCGCCUCGAGGCUCGAGGCUUGACCUCGCAGCUCGUCUCGUCGCUCAUGAAGGACCUGUCCUUCCAAAGCGACUCGUUGGCGAAAAGGUGGAGCGCUCGUGUUGUCGAGGUGCUUGGAUCUGCCGAGUUCCGCUUCCGGACCUUGCUACGUCAGAGGGUCUGGCAGGCGCAGUUCGCUGCGCCAGGCGCACGACUCGAUCUGCUUCUGGAUCCCGUCGAGCCGCACUGGCGCAUGCUCGUGGAUCCUGCGGUCGACGAGCCUGCGGGCAGUCCUCUGCGCAAGCUGCUCGUGCAGCCCGUCGCCCGCAUGCCUCUCGACUCCAAGGCCAAGAAUGUCGACCUCCUGCACGGACAGUGGCAGUUGUGUCUGCCUUCCACCACGGUCACGACCGUUUCGAUUCGCAGCGCAGGUCAGCAAGUGCAGACGUGGCAAAGCGCCAUGGGUCUUGGCGGAAAGUCGGCGGACAAGCUGCGCUACUCGGAGAUGCACGUCACCGUCCCCCAAGAUGCACGCGAUCUGCUCGAUGCCGACGUCGAGGGCGCCUACGACCUUCUCGAGCAGUGUGGCACGGCUUGCGGCGCGCUCCACGUGCAUCGAGGCGACCGAGACUCGGCCAACCACCGCCGUCUGUUUCUCUUUAUCGACACGGAUCGGUUCAAGGCUCAGUCCGCCGACCGCUUCGUCUUCUCCACGGACACUUCGCGUUGGCCUUACCCGCUCGAACGUGUCUCGGUGGCACAGCUCGAGCCCGGCUGGCGUCCGACGCUGGCUGAGCCCGGCAAGGAGGAGGUCGUGGAAAAGGUCAGAAUGACCAUAUCGGGUGCUUGGCGCAAGAUCGAAGCCUUCACCGUCCGUGCCGGCUCCGGCGUCGAUGGCAAGAUGGCCAUCCCCAAACAAACGUACGAUCUCGAUCUCAGGCAAGAGGACUGCACUUCUUCGGUCGCCUUGCUUACGUGCGAGGCGCCCGUAUUGGGCCGAGGCAUGGAUCGCAUUUGGCCGGCCGACGGCGUCUGGGGACAAGUGGAUCUGCUGCACAAGACCAACACUACCUUUGGCCACCUGGCUUGGCUUGUCGAGCGAUUGCCCGAUAUUGACGCGCUGGAUAACUGGAUGUCGGCGAAGCACGAUCCGUUCGACUGGGCCACCGCCAACUGUGCACGAUGUGCGCCUUCCGAACCCGACAUUCAGUGGCUGGCGAUCCCCGGCAAACCCGUCGUCCCCGUCGAGAACACGAUGCAGGCCGGACCGUACGAGCAGGCGCUCAAGAACCGACCCUCGCCCUUUGUCGUCCAGCUGCGCCUGAAGGACGACGUUGCGCAGGUCCGCUUCGGUCUCAACGCCGCCACGCUGAUGCACCGCGCCGUGUCGCGACUUCCGCCAUCCAAGAAUGCUGGCGCAGUCGAGCUUUCGUGGCGCCUCACGAAGCUCGAUUGCUCCAUCGACAUGUUCAAGCUGCCUCGCUACUCGCUGCGCAGCAACCGACAGGAUGCCGAAGCGUCCACUCCCGAGUUGUUCGCUUUGCAACUUCGACGCGAACAGAAACGAUCGCUCACGUGGAUGCUCGAACAGGAGCAGGCUGAUGUGCAGCCUUUCCACGAGGAGGAGAUCUCGGAAGGCUUGCUGGACCCGCUAGGCUGGCGUGCAGAGGGUCGCGCCGUGCGACCCGUCACCGUCCGUGGAGGUGUUCUGGCCGACGCUGUCGGUUACGGCAAGACGUGCAUCUCGCUCGCACUGAUCGCCUCGUCCCCUCACCGUCACGAGCUGCCGGCGCUCCCCGCCGGCGAAGACAGCAACUACAUCCCUACCCGCGCCACGCUCAUCAUCGUUCCCGGCCACCUGUGCAAGCAGUGGGAGAAGGAAAUCCGCAAGUUCUGCGGCAAGAAACUCACCGUCCGCGUCAUCACGUCCAAGAUGGAGCUCAACAAGCUGACGGUGCGGAACGUCCUCAAUAGCGACAUCCUGAUCAUGUCGGUCACCGUGUACAAGUCGGACGCGUACUGGGAGACGUUGGCCUCGAUCGCGGCUUCGAACCCUCUUCCCAACCGUGCCGGUCGAUUCUUCAAUGCGGCGCUCAAAAAGUCCCUCGAGGCGCUCAAGAACCGUGUGCGGGAGUUGAAUGGCGAAGACGGCGGUGUCAAGCAGUUGCAGCGCUCGAUUCGGGAUAAGCCUGAUUUCGACGACUCGCAUUUGGCGACGCACAAGGCGAGGAGCCGGUUGAAGGGCAAAGCUUACAUGGAUGCCAACGCUGUCGAUGGCAAGGACGAUGAGAGCGAAGACGACGAUGACGACUCGGAUCUCAGGGCGGCAGCCAAGAAGGGCGCCAAGAGCAAGGCGCUGCCAAAGGAGUUGCAGUCGAGCAACAAGAAGGAUCCCGAUCCGUGGGGGCUUUCCUCGUCGCUCGUGCAACGCGAUUGGCACAACAUGACCUGCCCGCCACUCGAGAUGUUCAUGUGGAACCGUGUCAUCGUGGACGAGUUCCACUACAUCGGCGAAGCCAUGGACCGCACCCUGGCAGGCGUCACGAGUCUCCAAGCGCGUUCCAAGUGGAUUCUCUCCGGCACUCCGCCCACCGCCGACUUUGCCGACGUCAAGAGCAUCGCCGUCUUUCUCAACGUCCACCUCGGCGUCGACGACGACGCCGACACCACCAAGGACUCGGUGCGCAAGGCGCGCGAGAAGAUGCGCACGGCGGCGGAGAAGUUCAACAACUUCCGCGAGAUGCACUCGCCCGCCUGGCACCAUCGACGUCAGGAGGUGGCGCAGCGGUUCCUGGAUCGGUUCGUGCGCAGCAACGAGCCGGAAAUCGGCGAGCUGCCGAGCCAGCAGCUCAUCAAACCGAUCCGUCUGCCUGCUGCCGAGUCGGCGCUGUACCUCGAGCUGGCGCAUGCGAUCGAGAACCUGGAUCUGCGACACCAGCGCAAAGUUUUCAAAGCGCGUCCGAAGGCCAAGGCAAAGAUCACUGCAGCUAAAGCAAAGUCGGGGCAAGACUUUAUCGACGACGACGAUCUGGACUCGGACGACUCGGACGGCGGAAAGAAGAAGAAGCCCAAGAAAGCCGCGGCCAAGGAGGUCAAGCGCAAGCAAGGCGAUCCGCAACUCGAGAUGAGCCAUCGCGAUCAGCGCCUCAUCGACACGCUCGGCAGCUCGGCCUCACCCGAAGAGGCUCUUCUCAAGCGUGCUUCCGUCUACGACGACUUUGCCGGCGUCGAUCUCGACGCCAUGCAGGGCGUCGACAACGCCAUCAAGGCGUGCGAGUACAUCGCGUUUGCGGAUUACGUGCGCAACGCGCACAACGCGGCCUGGGGAGAUCGCGAGUCGAAGCGCAUGGUGCGGGAGAUCCUGGAUGCGGCCAACUGUACGAUGAACAGCGUCAUGAGGGCGGCUGCCAAGGCGCACUUUGCGCCCGCGGGUAAGCUGCAGGCUGCGCUCAAGAGACGUGCCAAGGAACGUGCUGCGUCGGAGAAGGGUGGCGGUGGGGACGACGAUGGUAAGAAGGCCAAGGUGGAUCCGAAGGCAGCGGCUUGGGCGGAAGAGUAUCACCUGCGAGCGAUGGUGCACCAGCUGACGCGGUUGCGAAACGAGCUGGUGGGACGUGUCAACGCGCUGCGCUUCUUCACCACGAUCCGCGACUGCCAGCGUGCGCACCUCGAAGGUCUCAAUCUCAAAGUCGUCUGUCCUGGAGGGAGCAAGUGCAAGCACGCUGGCCGGCCUGUGCCGCUGAGCGAGGUGAGCAUCAGUUCCACGUGCGGACACACCGGAUGCCGCGAGUGCAUCCUGCGGGAAGCGUACAUCGGCAAGUGUCCCACGCUCGACUGCGCCGCCCUCGCCAAACCUACCUCCAUCGUUCAAGCCUCGUCGCUCGGCGCGGAGGACGACGGCAAAGCCACCCGCUACGGUACAAAGCUCGCCCUGCUCUGCGCACUCCUCCACCGCUUACCCAGCACCGAACGAGCGCUCGUGUUCUGCCAGUUCGAAACGCUCACCGCUACCGUCGCCGAAGCGCUCUCCGCGUACAACAUCUCCUUCGUCCAGCUCACGGGCACCGCCAAACGACGCUCCGACCUGCUCGAAGCGUACCAAGAAGAUUCCGGCGCCCGCGUGGUGCUCCUCAAUGUGGAAGACGAAUCCGCCGCCGGCUCGAACCUCACCGUCGCCAACCACGUCAUCUUUGUCGGUCCGCUGCUCAAGCACGAGCUGCAGCAGUACGACGCCACCAUGACCCAAGCCAUCGGUCGAUGUGUGAGGUACGGUCAGCUGAAAAAGGUGCAUGUGUGGAGGUUGGUGAGUAUGGAGACGAUCGAUCAGGAGGUGUUGGAGCGGAGGGAGAGGUUCAAGUUUGUAGCUGCAGAGGAGAACGUGGAGGAGGAGAGGGAGAGAGUGGUGGAAGGGGUGAAUGGGGAGAUGAUGAAGGGUACGUUGGUGGUGGAGGAGUUGGAGCGGGAGUUUGCAAAGGCAUUGGGUGGAGGGCUUGUGCUGCAGGAUGUGGGGGAGAGUGGGAAGGGGAAGAGGAAGCGUGGUGAAGAGGAGAUGGGGAAGGGGAGGACGCAGCAGCAGAAGAAACGAAAGCAGGUCGAGAGCGAUGAUGAUGACGACGACGUUGAGGUUCUCGAAGACGCGAGUACGCCGGCGAAACGUCGACGCGGUGGUGGCAGAGCAAAGGCUGUCCUCGUGUCGGACGAGGACGAGGACAGCGAGUAG